AUGGUAUCAUCAGGUGUAUGGGCCGGCCAAAUUCCCCUCGAACAAGCCUACAGUCUUCAAGAAGUUGGAGGUGGGAAGCAGACCAUGAAACAGGAGCUCGAACGUAUUGGCUAUCUGGGUACAAUGGAAUCCAGCUUUAGCGCAAUGCCUAUCGCAGCAAAGAAAUUGGUGCCCGCGAUGCUCACGGCAGCAAAGAUGAUACUACACUCGCAUCGCCUCGCAACGAAGCACUCUUGUUUGGCAAGUACCGGCAUCUUAACCUUGAAACCUGGAAGCACGAACACUGUUCCAGGAUUUGUUCGUUUUUCACUUGACAUCCGAGCCGGUGAAGACGACCGCUUGAUGAUGCUGGAACACGAGCUCAAAGUUGAUUUUGAUAAGAUCGCAAAGAAUGAAGCAGUGGAUGAUUUGAGCGAGAGCGGAACUAUUGGCAGAGGGUGCACUGUGGAAUGGACUCUUGAUGCACCAAGUGAAGCCAUCGAAUUCGACGAAAAUUGCAUUCGUUGCGUGGACGAGAGCGCAAGAGAUCUUUUCGGAGAUGAAUAUGAGAAACUCACCCAGGCAAUGAUUAGUGGGGCUGGGCAGUACGACUUUCCCGGCCCCAAAUUUUUUGUGGAUAUCUUCAUGUUUUGGGAAUCCACACACAUCUUUCAUGAGCUCAAUCCCCUUUUGUAA